AUGAGCUGGGCGGUGGAAGAGUGGAAGGAUGGACUUCCAGGGAAAGCCCUGCAGAAGAUCCAGGAGAUGGAGGUCCAGCUGGACAAACUGAAGAAGGAAAGGACCCAGAAACAGUUUCAGCUGGAUUCUUUAGAGGCCGCCCUGCAGAAACAGAAACAAAAGGUCAGUGUCCAGGUGGAUAAAUAUUUCACGAUGCAGUGAGUGAGGUUCAAGAAAACGGUCUAACAUCGCUGAGGUGAAAGACUGAUAUAGGUGUAAUAGUAUAAAUGUAUCUAUUAAUCUUUCAUGUCCAUCUUUCUUCAGGCCGACAAUGAGCGCUCUGAAACCUCUGCUUUGAAAAGAGAGAACCAGUCUUUAGUAGAGUCAUGUGACUCUCUAGAAAAAGCUCGUCAAAAGGCAUGUCAUGACCUCGGAGUCAAAGAGCAGCAGGUUAGUUUCUUCUUCUUCUUCAUCAGUGUGUCACAUAUUAUAGCUCUUUUUUUUACAAAAAACAACAUCAACUGGUUUUCAAUCAAGUAAUCUUAAAUCAAGAAAUAAAAGAUGUCAAUAUUCUACCACACAGAGCUUAUUUAACUGAAUCUACUCUUGACUGAAUCAUUUCUUAAAUGUAGGUGAACUUCCUAGAAGGUCAGCUAAACUCCUGCAGGAAGACUAUAGAGCAACUGGAGCAGGAGCUCAAGAAGUGAGUUCACUGUCUGUUGAUUUAUAUUUUGUUGGCAACUUUUGUUGUAAAUUGAUUUUCUUGCAGAAUCAACUUACCUCCAUAUUUUUGCAGAGGUCCAAUUAAUUAAAAAGAUUGAUUUUUAAUUUUGUCUUUGCUGGUUUUCUCUUGGUUUAGGUACAAAAAUGAACUUGAUCGUUCUCAGCCUGCUGGCCCCUCCUCCUUGUCGUCUUCUUCCGCGGAGCUUCAACCUUACACUACUCCACAGAAAAGUUUUGCCACCCCAGCUCCAGUCCCGGCUUACAGACAGCAGGGUAUUUCAGCUUUUUUAAGUCUCUGUGACUCAGUUCAUGUCAGUAGAUUUGAUCCCUUGUUUUGUUUUGUCACCUCUGUUUUUUGGGGUUAUGCUAUCUUAGGCGUUUGUUUCACCGUUGCUCCUCAUCUACUUUCAAAUUCUAAGAGAGCUAUCAGUAUGUAUCUGACUGACUCUGGGCAGCUUAUAGGAUCACUCUAACAUUAUAUUUAUGUGACUCAGACAAUAGACUAGAGGAGCUUCGGGAGAAAUACAGUCAUGAGGUGGAAGAAAGAAAAAGACUGGAGACUGAGCUCAAAGUCCUACAGGUCAAGGUGAGUGGAUUUCACAUGUUUAUUCUGCAGUGUUGUUGUUUUCUGGUUGCUCAUAUUAACUUUCCUUCUCUUUCAGAUGUUAAAUCAGUCCUCGGCAAGUGUUAGCCACAAGGAUAUUGCUGCCCGCCAAGCAGGAUCUUCCAUAUUCCCAUGGCAACAGCAGGAACAGGCCCACUGCCGCCUGUCCCAGGAUGCAACAGAAACUCCUUUGAAAAGGAGGGGGACUUCCCUGUGGGAUGCCCAUGAGGAGACACCCAUUAAAUCCAGCCAGAGGAUGAGCUGUUCCAUCACAAUGCAGAGUCCUGGUGGAUCCUCCCAACAGAUGGAGCAGCUGAGGACCCUCAACCAAGGUGAACUGUUUGUCAUAUGUAUACAGUAAUGGAGGGCGACUUAUUUUGCAUAAUGGAUACCUCCGAUACAUGUCAUGGCUCUCUUUGUGUUACGUAUCGAUCAUGGGCGGUAGCAGGGCUUUAGUUUCUUAUACUGUGUCUUCCUUAGAGCUGCGUAACCGUGUGACAGAGUUGGAGAGGAAUCUGUCCACUCAGGACAAGGAAAUUCGUAGCCAGGCCUCCAAGUUACAGGACCUCCAAACCCAGGUGAACCAGGCCCGUAAGGAGCUGAGUGAGCGGGACAGAGACCUGGCCAAGACCAGUCAUGAGCUGAGCCAGGCCACAGACAAACACCAACAGGCUGUUUCUAAGGUGGGCUCUCAGGGGUGGUAAACUGAGACUUUGUUUGUCUUUUUUUUCUGCUUGAUAUAUAUAUUAUUUUUUGUGCCCAUGAAUUUUUUUCUCAAAUAAAGAAAAAAAUCUAAUGACUGACAAAAGUUCUUCAUGUUCUCAGUGUUCAUCGAUCGAGCAGAAGCUGAAACAAGUCACAGAGGAGAUGAACUGUCAGAGACACAACGCUGAGAGCUGCAAACGAGCCUUGGAGCAGAAACUCAAAGACCAGGAGAGAGACAGUCAAAAGGUUCCAGGAGCUGUUUCUUUAACUUUAUACAUAUGUGCAUGUAUCAGUUUAUACACUCUGUCUGUCAAACUUAUGAACAAAAUGCAGUUUUUUCUCAUUUUAAUCAAGAAGUCUCUGUACCCUGUGUAGGAGCUGGCUCAGCUGCAGAGUUCUCACCAGGCUUUAGACCAGCAGCUAAAUCAGACCAGAACCAAGCUGACACAGGAGCUCCAGCAGGCUAAAAAAGAACAUAAUGUGCUGCAGGCAGACAUGGAGAAGGUAACUGUCUAUUUUCUGCUUUUACUCAGUGUACCUGAAGUUCUUUGCUCAUGUCAAUUUGAUUCAAUUUGCGAAGUGCUGCUAUGUUAUUUACUGUCCUUAAACUGCUGUUGAACACAUUAACACAUGAUCAGAUGACUAAUAUCUGAAGAUUAUCUAGUUCAGAUCAGAUAAAUCUUUAAAAGUUGUGCACUUUUUGAUGCCAUAGUCUUGUUUUCUUGUGCAGUACUACAUAAGAAACUUUCCCAACAAUUUGCCAACAAAAGUACAAGCCCUGACUGUUGUCAUGCAGAUCUGAUAAAUGAAGCUGUACACCACCUCUGUGUAAACAGUUUAAGAGCACCUGUACGUGGAAUUUGAUCUAAAGCUCUAAAUCUUUCUGUCUUUGUACAUACCUCUCUCCUCUCCUCUCCUCUCCUUAACUUCUCUCUCCUCCUGCUCUCCCAUAGAUGAGCUCUCAGAAGAGUCAGAUGGAGAGGACAGCGGAGGAGCAGAAACAGAAACUACUGAGAUCAGAGCAGAGUCUUCAGGCUACCCAGACCAAAGAGCAGGACCUCCGCAAAAAGAUGGAGGUGAGUUGAUUCUAACAGUUUACAAUAUUUAUUGCCAUCAAAAUAUCUCGAUUUUAUUCUUUUUUUUUUGUUUGUUUGUUUUUUUGUUUUUUUUUUGAAGGCAUGUCCUUUUUCAUUUUUUUUUACGCAGCUGCACUUUAUUUCUCUACAUGGUCCAUUUGUCUUUAAGAAAUAGUCUUCGUUGUCACUCAUGUCCAUAUCCUCUUCCCUCUAGGAGCUGCAGAAAGAGAAGAACAGUUUGACUGUCCAGUUAGACCAGAGCAGCAGGCGUCUGAGUCAGCUGGAGGACGAGAAGAAGAGCACAGACCAGAGCCUCAAACGCACUCAGGGGUUACUGGAUGACUUAAAAGGUAACAUUUCAAUUUAGAAGUUGGAUUGGUGAGAGAAUUAAGUGAGGUUAUUGAAUUUUUUACGAGUUAAUCUCUUUGCUUCUCAGCAAAAUCAGAAGGGCAGGCAGAGGAGGUGAAGAAACUGCAGAUUAAACUGGAGCAGCAGAGUCAGACUUCAGCCAGAGAGCUGGAAAACCUGAAGAAGACACUUUCUGACGCAGAGGCCAAAAAUGACAGGUAAAUAAGGCUUCAUUUAAAUUCACUCUGUCCUUUAUAUGUGAUAUAUUUUGACUAUCAUUAAUAAUCAUCCGUGUCACUGUAGAUCUCAGAAUGAAGUGCAGAAACAGAAGGAGGAGGCAGAGAGGCUCACCAACAGAUUGACUGUCCUCGAGAAGGAAACUCAAGAGCUGAAAUCUAAUCUUGCUGCGAGUCAAGAUGAGCGUCAGAACCUGAAACAAGAACAUCAAGCUCUGCUGGAGUGGAAGAGAGAAAAAGAGACACUGAUUAAUGAAACUGAGGCUGUACAGAAAGACCUCACUGACAAAAUUGGAAACUUGGAGAACAGCCUGACCUCACUGAACGAGGCUAACGAGGAACUGAAGGUAACAUUGAAAAUUUGUUGUUUUUUUAAGAUAUGCAGCACAAUUCAUCCAAAUUGAUAGAUCUAAGCACUGAUCUGAUACUCUGGUAUUUUAAAGCUACUGUGGGGCGUUUUCUGCCUCUUUAUAAAAUCUGAAAGAUAAUGAGAAAAUCAGGGAGAUAUUUCUAUGUGGUGACUUAUAAUGACUGAGAUGGCUGCAAGGGUAGGUAUCAAAUAAGGUGAUAAACAGAACAGUAUAAAAAUAUAUAUUUUUUUUACAGUUUCCACAGCAGAGAUCUUUAGUUAGUGAUAUGUUUGACAGCAGGAGUAGUCCUUAAUUAGAAAAGACUGCUUUCACAUGUACAGGACAAAAUCCUCAGAAAUAUGAGGGAUUGUUUCGACUAAUGAGGGCGCCAAAACCAGCCCAAACUGGGGGAUCCUAUCAAGAAUGAGACACAUGCUAAAAGAACUUGUUUGUUUGGCUCUAUAUCUUUGUUUACAGGGUAACUUAAGUGGAAUUAAAUAGUUUUCAAUGACAAAAGAGGCAAAGUUAAAGCCUCUGCAGCCUUAUCUGACAUCUUAAUCAAACAAUCUCCCUUUAUUUAGGAGAGAUUAAGUGGGAUGCCCAAAUUAAUCAAGUCUUGUUUACAUUUUAGAUACUAACUUUUCUCCCUGUCAUUUUUUAGUCCUAAAGUAUUUUUUUUUUGUUGACGAUUGCAGAAGCAGCUUGUGAGUAUAGAAGGAGACAAAGCCCGUCUGUCGGCUCACAUCGACUCUUUGAAGGGAGAACUCCUCAACAAGAGCACAGAGCUGGAGGAGAAGGAGCAUCAGUACCAGGAGCUCCAGGGUAAAUUCUCUGAAGCUGGACAGAAACACACCAAAGACCUGGAGAACGUUGCCACACAGGUGGCUCAGCUGGAAGCCCAGGUGAGUGAUUUUGUGUAUUUACUUUAUAUGUCUGGCUGAGCCGUUAGCCAUGAACCAAUAUCCAGUUAUUUAAUGUAUUGGCUGUGUGCUGCACCUUUCUUGUCUGAACAGGUCAAAGAUCUGGAGUUACGUUUGCAGAAGGAGAGGACUCGAGCCGAGCAGGCAGAACGAACCAAUACAGAGCUGCAGGAUGAGCACCAGGCAGCCUGUGACCUGGCCCGCUCCAAAGACCAGCUACUCGAGCUGGGCCAGGCAGAAAUCAACCAGCUGAGAGAGAGCCUGGCUCAAAGUACUGAACAGCAGGAGGAGAAAAAUGCAAGGUGAAGCUUUACCUGUUUUAUUAAGCUUGUAAAAACAAUUUCCAAAGGUAUGACAGCCCUGCAACUGAGUCUACCUUUUCAUUAGAUGUUGAUUCCAGCCUGCUUCUCCCUGCUGUAUGAGAUUUGGAGGUUUAAGGGGUUCAUGGAUACACACACAACAAAGAAAUCCUCCUCUUUUGAUGUUAUAAUAUCUCUCAGGUUGGCAGAAGAGAAAGCAGCUUUACUGAAGCAGUGCGAGGAAAGUGUUUCAGCCAAGACGGAGGAGUCCGAGCAGCUGAAGCUGAAGUUGGAGGAGGUUCAGCAAGAGCUACAGCUCACCAAAAAUCAGGUCUGUUUGUUCUUUAGAUAAUUCGAUGUUUAGUAUGUUUCAAAAUUCAUCAUUUCCUUUGGAAGUGAUUCAACUAUGUCCAUACUUUACGUUGUAUUAAGUGCUGCCUGAAACGAGUUUUCCUGCUUUCAUGCAUUGAACACAUAACCUCCUUUUAUGAAGAUAUCAUGUUUUAUGAUUGUGUUGAUAGCUAGCUAUAAAUUCCAGUGGCUAAUGAAGUGUAUUCCAGUGACAUUUGAUGAUAAUCGGCAUAUGUCUGAGCCAAUUAAAGCCGUAGCUGAGACUUUGCUGUCCAUGUUCCAGGUCAGUUCGAUGGAUCAGUUCCUGAAGGUCCAGGAGCAGCUUUUGGCUGAGCUGCAGAAAAAGAUCCAGACACUGACAGAAAAUGUUGAGGAACACAAGAAGAUGAAUGAGAACAAAUCUGAAGAGCUUCUACAGUUAGAGGAGGAGCUGAAAGAUCUGCAGAGCCAAUCAGAGGAGACGCAGCAGCAGCUUAAAGAGGCUGACGCUCAGAUUUUGUCUUUUGAGAAACUGAAGGCUGAGCUGGAAAACUCACUGCAGGAGACCAAGAGAGAGGCUGAGGUAUACUACUGCACAUGUUACCAUAUUUUCUCACAUUUACCAUUCACUGCACUUCUUAAAAAUCUCAACUUCAAUUUAUUACUUUUAAGAACAUCCAGCUGAGUCAGACUGAGAGGAUCGACAACCUGCUGGAGCAGAUAUCAUCGCUUGAAGAAGAAGUAUCUGUAAGCAAAGCUGCAGCUGAGAAGCUCCCAGUCUUAGAGAAUGACCUGAACGUGAUCCACAAGUUCUUCGCUGACCUGAAGAAACAGUACGAGUCUCUUGAAAGGGAUCACUUCUCUAUCGUUGAAGUCAAAUCCAACUUGGAGAAUACCCUGACAGAGAAAAACAACCUCAUCUCAAGUUUGGAGACAGAGGUCACAGAGCUCACAGAGAAGACGAAGAAAGAGUCUGAGAAUCACGCUUUGGAGAUCGCAAACGCUCUAAACAAAGAGAAAUGCCUGAAAGAGAAACUGGAAGCAACUAAAAAAUCUGUUGCUGCAGCCAAAACUGAGUCCAGUUCUCGUCGGGAGGAGAUCAGGACCAUGAAGGCGACUCUGUCUGCAGCUUCGACGGGUUUAGAAGAGAGGGAUAACACGAUCAAGAGUCUGAAAGAGAAGCUGAACAAAGCCGAGGCUGAGCAGAGCAAAACCUCUGAGCAGCUGAAGGAGAAGGUGGUCGCCAUGAACAAAAUCAAGGUUGGUUUCUCUUGAGUGCUUUCUUCGGUUUUGGGCUUUACUCGCCAACACUCUUUGGACACUGUUCUGAACUGACAGACUGACAUUUAAAAAAUGAUCCAUGUUUGUUUUUCACGUUAAGGUUCAGUUGGAGAUGCUGCAAAUGGACCUGGAGGACAAUGAGACGGUCAUGAACUCUUUUGACACUCAAGUAGAAGAGCUGAAGGGGACCAUACAGUCACUGGAGGCUCAGCUGACUCAAAACCAGAUCCAGAUGUCUGACAUGGAGGCUAAGCUAGAAGAAAGCAAAGCACAGGUAGACAAUGGUGUUCAUAAAAUAUCAUCCAUGUUAUUGUGAAGAUUCUUGUCCAUCAUUCUCCACCCAUAAAGCCACGCUUUUUAAAUUUAUCUAAUAAGUAUUAUCUCUAUUUUUCAAGGUGUCUGUCUUGGAAAUCCGGUUAGAUGAGGUCCAGUCUCAAAACUCAGUGCUGGAGAGUCAGUACGUCACAGCGAGGGAGGAGCUAAUGGAGAGAAGCUGUGAAAUAACUCGUCUGGAGGAGGAUGCUGUCAGGAAGAGCCAGCUGGAGGAGAGCAUCGCAACCCUAGAGUCUAAACUUUGCCAGGCUGAUGAAGAACGUGCAAAAUUAGAGACAGCUCUCAGGCAGAUCAUUGAGGACAAAGACAACAAUCUUAGCCAGUUACUACAAGAGAAAAACACGCUUGAGUUCAGUGUGAAAGAGUUAACAGAAGACAGAGAGAGAGUAGAAAUGGAGGCUGUUCAAGUUAAUGCAGAGAAGAAACAGCUACAGGCCAGUCUAGAGGAGCUGACUGAGCAGAACAAACAGCUUCAGAGCCACAUUAAGGAGUCCGCUGAAGAGAUACUCAAAGCAGAGGAGAAGCUCAGUGAGGAAAAAGCUCAGCUACACACGACCAUUAACUCAAUAAAUGAGGAAAAAAUCCAACUUGAGGCAAAGCUGAGAGAAAUAACAGCUGAGAGAAAUAACAUGAAGGGUGUCGCUGAUGAAAAGCUUGAGCUGGAAGUCAGCUUCAAUCAGCUGACUGGGGAGAACCAACAUCUACAAUCCAGUCUGAAUCAAGUUGUUGGAGAGAAGCUGCAGUUACAAGAAAGCCUGGAGAGGUUUGGAGAUGAGGUGGCGUCUCUCAGAGAGGAGAAUGAACGCAUCCAGCGCUCCCUCCUGUCCUCAGAGCAGGAGCAGCGGAGACUGGAAGAGCAGCUGGAGAUGAGAGACAAGAGGACUGAGGAGGAGGACAGGGAGAGGUAAUGUUCAUCUUUGUCGGCCUCAGUUUGAGUCCUUUUUCUAUGUUUGAUUUGUGUGUUCAUACUGACUGAAAAGAUAAUGACAUGACUUGCAAUUUGUAUUACAGGGAGCAACAGUUUGAGGCUGAGCAGGCAGCACUGCAUCAGAAGUUGGGGGCCUUGCAGAAAGCCCUGCUGGACUUUAAGCAGAAGUACGACUCACUGCUGGAGCAAGUAGACCAACAACACAGCCUGAUACUGCUGGCAUCAGAACUGCAGGGGACUCAGAACCAGGGGGAGAAACCCAUCCACGUGGAGUCUGAGGAGACGGAAACUGGAGGCGAGUGUUAAAAACAAAAUCUAGACUCAGCGUUUCCAUGUGACAACGCUGCUGCUUGAGAUAAAAUAUUGAACCCUCUUCACUUUUUUUCAGGAGAAGCAGCAGCGAACAUUGAUCAAGAGCUGCCCAGUACACAUGUCAGUACCACAACUGAGACCCCUGUGCUGUUGGAAGUGACUGAACUUUCAAACCAGUCAGAGGAGGCUUUAAGGUACAAACACACAGACAAGUGUGAAGCUUUUUGUGUCUUUGUGUGUUUGGUUACAUGCUCAAUAAAUCCUUAUCAUCCUUAGCCCUUGUAGGGAGGCAGAGCUGGUCUUCAUGGAGGACAUCGUUGACAAAGAGUCAACAGAGGAACAUCUGGAUGAGGACAUGACGCCAUGUGUGGCCAAUGAACAGGAAAUGAGGGAUGAAAAAGAGCAGCAUCAACAGGAACCUUCAGAGCAGGUAGAAAUCAGAUCUGUGCAGAUGUAACUUUUAAUUGGAAAAUACUUGAGCAAUUUUUGAUACUUUUUAUUCCAGGAAUGUGCAAGUUGUGGCUGAUAUUUCUGAAUAUGCAGGGUUCCUACGCAAGUAUGGAAAGUAUGGAAGUAGUUUUAUCAAUUUCCAGGUCUUAAAAAGUAUGGUAAAUGAAAAAUAAAGUAUAGGGAAAUAUUUAGGUUUUCAGACAGUUACCAAAGUAAAAAAAAUACUGUUUUCUAAAAUAUAAAAGUAGGUAUUUCCUAAAAUAAUUCUAAAAAGGAGGGUCUGGAAAAGUAUGGAAAUUCCAACUGUGUAGGAACCCUGAAUAUGCAUCAUUCAAUGAUUUCAGAUGUUUUGUGAUAAGUUUGUUUUAGAGGUUAAAGUUAAUUGUAAGCAUGUAUCUAAUAUUAUUAUUCUUUUCUUUUCCAGGUUCCUGAAGACAGCAGCAGUCACAGGGUUGCCGCUGAAAAUAACCUUGAGGUCUGUGAGCUUUCUCAGCCUUCUACAGUCAGUGAAAUUGAGAAGUUAGAAUCCUCAGGUGAGUAAUCAAAGGGGUUUUUAUGGCCUCCUUUUUACCUUCAACUAAGCUGCAAGUUUAAGCCUGUAAUGUCUGCAUAUUUUGCAAAAAUAUUUAGUGCUUUAUUUAGUAUAAUGAUUGAAGGAUUUUAUUCAUCAGACUAAAAUUUCAAGAUGUGAGAAAUGAAGCAGCAGGCUUCUGCCUCAGCCAAAAUAAACAAAACAUCCCAUCACAGACCUCCUUGGACUUAAAAUGUGACUCUGAUCCUGGCUUUGAACUGUUUCUUGAAAUCCUAUCAGCAAUGUCUCUCUAACCUUGUUUUCAAUCAACAGAGCCAUCACUGGAGCAAGAUGACUCCAACCACUUCAAGGAUGAACUCACGAAACGAGAAGAUGAACUCGAGUCUUUGCGCUCAGAAUUUGACCAACUAAAAUCUGACCUCGCUCUGAGGGUGGAGUUCAACUCAGAGCUGAAAGUCCAAGUUCAGAACUUAGAAAAGAAAGUUCAUGCAGCAGAGGAGGAGGCACAGAGUGCAGCACAGAAGCUGAAAACCGCUCUGGAGGAGAAGAAAGGCAUCUCUGACCAGGUAGAGAAAAGACACAGCAUGAUGAUCGAGGCUCCUCCAGUCGUGAAUGCUGCAUCAUGCUGCUACUUAACCUGGACUGUUUGCUUGUUCUCAGUUGGCCCGGCUGUCAGAAGAGAGGGAGACGCUUACUCUGCAGCUGCAAACUGCUAAAUGUCAGCUGACAGAUGUGAUGGAGAUGUUGGAAGGACUGGAGAUGGCCAAAGGUAAAUAUCUGAAUGCAUAAGAGAUUAACAGGAGCACAGUAUAUUUAGUGGAAGUUCACAUGCUUUCAGGUUGGUUCUGUUGUCCAACGACACUGAUUGGAUAUUUCCUUUGUUUCUGAAGGUGGCUGGGAUGAAAAGUUCCUCCAGCAGGAGAGUGAACUGAAGAGGGUCCGCUCUGAGAAAGCUAACUUAGAGCAGCACAUCCUAGGCAUGGAGAGUGAACUGGAGACCCUGCAGGAGGACAGGACUAAACUGAAGGAUGAGAUUGAGACCCAGAAGAGGACAUGUUCAGGCAUGGAGCAGCAGGUGGAGACACUUAUGACUGAGGUGAGCAGUGAGAUGGUUUUAAGCUUGUAUUAGAUUGAUCAUCUGAAAUAAAGUGCUUCUUUUCUGUGCUUCCCAAUUAGUGCACUUGCUCAACAGUCCGUGUUGUGUAACAGCUGUACAUGUCACUGUUUCUCCAGACGACCCAGCUGAGGUCUGAACUGGUGUCCUGCACUGAGGAGCGAGAUGACCUGAACCAAUCUUUGGGCCAGUGGAAAGAAAAAGCCCACGGUCUGGAGAGGACCAACUGUGACACCAGAAACCUGAUUUCUAUCCUGGAGGAUGACAUCAGAGCCGGAGGGAAGGAGUAUGAAGCUCUGAAGAGCAGCAUGGAGAAACUAAACACAGAGAGGCAACAGGUGUGUGGAUAAAACUGAGAGGACAGGUCUAAUGGGUUUUAAAAGAGCUUUCAGAGCUAGCAAGAAAUGUGCACAGUUUUGCUCUUAAAGGGAUAUUCAGGCAUAAAAUUAAUUUAGGGUCAAACACACUGUAACACCGAGUUAGACACCCUGUCAAGAGAUGAAUGUUGUCAGCUGCUUGUUUCUCUAGUUAUACCAACUUUAAUAACGACCGCACGAUAGCAAUACACAGCGGUCUACGGCUCCACACACAAACCUCAAUCAAAACACCGCUCUAUAGCCACAAAUAAUGCUCAGAACAGCACCUAACUUCAACAACAGUACAUAUAGGGUCCUAGCCAUAGUACUAGCCACUAGGGCUGAAACGAUUACUCGAGUAACUCGAGUAACUCGAUUAAUAAAAUUCCUCGAGGCAAAUUAUAUGCCUCGAGGAAUCGUUUAAAUCCGGAACCAUGUGCAGCGCACGGUGUUUGACACGGACGGUUAUUUCUGUUGCGCAGCAGCGUGCUCUUUCCGCUCCUUCCGCUGACGCGCAUGUGGUUAAAUCAUGGAGGGAAACGAGGACAGACAGAGAGAGGAAGACAGAGGUGGCACGCAGAAGAAAAGGCAGAAAAUGUCUAAAGUGUGGGACCAUUACACAUUGAGAAGAAAAGAAAACGCCGUGCAGUGCGUUCACUGCAAGGCGGAGUUGGCUUUUCACAAUAGCACUUCGUCAAUGCUGCAGCACCUCAAGAGAAAACACCCGGCGGUCCAUGCAUUAAGUCCGCAGAGCGGACUGGCCACAACAAGGUAAUGUUCACGAUACUAAGCAGUUGCAGUUAAAACAAAUCAAUGUGAUCAAUAAUCAAGAUUAAGUCCAGUACAUAAUGUAAUUUAAUUUAUGGCGCUGUCUAAAGGCUGCUUCACAGUGUAAAUAAAAAUGUAACACUUUUAUAUAUUGAAUAAAUAUACAUUUGCUUGUCAAAUUAUGUUAGUAUCCAAGAAUUAUAUUAUUUCAGCCUAUUAAUUAAACAAGUAAAAUUAGAUCCAAAGCCUGGAAAUAAACAUUAUGACAGCAGUAAAGGCAUAAAUACAGUAAAGAGAGAUAACUAUGAAUACAAAUACUACUACUUCUACUACUACUAUUAAUAAUAAUAAUAAUAAUAAUAAUAAUAAUAAUAUAAAAAUAACCAAAACUAAAGGCUUGCUAAAAAAAAAACUAGAUAUGACUCUGAUAAAAAGAGAACUGCAAGAACAAUAUAAACAGAACUAACUAAAAGUUAAAAAAAUAUUUCCACCAUCAAAUAAAUGUGCAUGGGCUAGUUGAAUUGUCUUAGUAUAUAAAAGUGUAUAUAUAUUUUUUAGAAAUUAAACAAGAUGAAUUAGAUCUGCAGUAUGGAAAUUAGCGUUUUCUUAGCAGCAAAGGCUGUGAAUAGACAUAAGAAUGAACUCAAUUAAUAUGAAUACAAUUAAUACAAAAAUAACCAAACUAAAAAAAACUUACUAAAAAGCAAGAUAUGGCCCAGAGAAAACAAAGAGAACUUAAGAAACAAUAUAAAUAGAACAAACUUAUAAAGUUCAAAACUAUUUACACUAUUGGAUUAAUGUGCAUUAACUAGCUGACUUAUUGUAGUAUCUGAGUAUGAUAUUAUUUUUUUUAGUAAUUUCGCAAGAUAAGUAAAAGCCAAAUAAAAUAACCAAACUCAAAACUUUACUAAAAAAACAAGAUAAUGAUCCAGAGAAAAAAUAGAACUUCAUAAACAAUAUAAACAGAACAAACUAAAAAAAAGUUAUAAAAUGUUUACACCAUUAGACAUAUGUUAAUAUCAAUAUCAAUUGGACUCUUUUUCAGUUCUUCAAAGAGCCAAACUCUGGACAGCUUUGUGCGGCGACCUCCACCGUGUUCAACCGAGCAAGCAGCUGAGUUCACCGACAGUAUUCUAAAUAUGAUUGUCUCAGACAUGCGCCCGCUUUCCAUGGUGGAGGAUGAGGGAUUUCAGAAGAUGAUUUCUACUUUCAAUCCCAAGUACACACUUCCCUCAAGAACCUACUUUACAAAAUUGAUGGAGAAGAAGUAUGAAGAAAUCAAAGCCAAGUUGACGAACAUUCUUAAAAAGUGUGACAGCAUUGCUCUCACAGCUGACAUUUGGACCAGUGUUGCUACAGAGGCUUAUCUAGGGGUGACGGGUCACUUUCUUGGAGAGGAUUGGGAAGUGAAGUCCCAUAGCCUGACAACAAUGCAUCUGGAAGAGAGACACACAGCUGCAAAUAUUGCAGAGUGGCUUGAGGACGUCAUUGCCAAAUUUGACAUUCCACCGAAGAAGAUCAAAGCUGUUGUCCAUGACAACGGUGCCAACAUUGUCGCAGCGGUUAAGAUUUUGACCGAAAAGCAUGGAUGGGCAUCAGUGCGAUGUGCAGGUCACACUAUAAACUUGGUGGUGCAAAGUGCUCUGAAAAACAAUCCAGCAAUCUCCAAGUGCGUAGCUGCAGCAAGAUCGCUUGUUGAACAUUUUAAGAAGAGCGAACUGGCAUGCACUAAGCUGAAGAACAAGCAGCAGCAAAUGGGCACACCAGAGCACAUGCUGGUUCAAGAUGUAAGUACUCGCUGGAACAGUACUUUUUACAUGCUGUCUAGGCUGCUGGAGCAGAGAUGGCCAGUGACUGCUGCUUUGUCCGAUCCUGCAGUGACACCAAGAGGUAAACACUACCUUGAUCUCAAGCCUGAACAGUGGAACAUGAUUGAGGAGCUGAGCCAGGCUCUCAAGCCAUUUGAAACAGCUUCAGUGUUUCUCAGUGGGCAAGAGUAUGUAACCCUCUCUGCACUUCCACAGCUAGUGCUAAGCCUGAAGAAGUCGAUUCAAAGUUUAGCUUUUGAGACGUCAGUAGUCCAGUCUUACCAGACCCAUGCAACAGAACAGAUCACAGAAAGAUGGCAGGGGCUGUCUGUGUUUCAGCCUGAAUCUCCAAACACUGUCCUCCUCGCUGCUGCCCUGGAUCCAAGGUUUAGGAGACUUAAGUUCCUAGCCUCCGACGAAAUAUUCAAAGUUCAAAGCACAGUACAAAACAUGGCAACUGCUAUCAGCAGAGAAGCAGGACAGACAAAUGCAAGUGAAAAUGAUGCCCUCAACACAGCACAGGACAACCUGGAAACAUAUCCCAAAGGUGGUGCAUCAUUCAUUGAACACUUACUGGGAUCAUCAGACUCCAGCACCAGUGAUGAGGAAGAGGAGGAGCAGAAGUUAACCCAAAAUGUGCAGAAGGAAGUCUUGAUGUACUUUGGAGAACAUCCCCUUUCCAGGAAAGAGAAUCCGCUGUUGUGGUGGAAAAGAAAUGAAGUACGCUAUCCACUUCUGUCAAAGCUGGCAAAGACCUUUCUGUGUAUCCCGGCAACAUCUACACCAUCAGAGCGUCUGUUUUCAGCAGCAGGAAACAUUGCAUCAAAGCGCAGGGCAAGCCUCAGUUCUGAGCAUGUUGACAUGCUUACUUUUCUUCAUUUCAACCACAGACUUCUUUAAAAACUUGGGAAAACACAUGCAAUCUUAUUCAUUUGCUUAAUGACCAAGGAGCCUUCUAGGAGGGCAGUAAGGACUUAUGUUACGCCCGAGACUUGCACAGCUUAAAGCAGUUCUUGUUCCUGUGCCUUUGUUUUAGGUUGCAUUUAUACCUUUAUUGAAAAAGGUCAUUUAAAAUGUUUUUUUGCAAGUCAAAGUUUUCUCCUUUUAAAACCAAUAAGUGUGUAACACUUGAAUGCACUAAAUGUGUUUUGUUAUAUAGACAACAUGCCUUUGAAUUUCAAAGUUGUUAUUCUUCUGUAAAAGCUAGAAUGUAAAAUGCCAGUGGCACUUACUGCACUUUUAUUUUAUUUGAGAUUUAUUUUAUGUUUAAUAAGGGUGUGAAAUACUAUCUAUUUGCUAUCAAUAUAGGGUGAUAUCAGCCUAAAAGGUUGAGCAUCUGUUUUUGGCCUAUAUUUAAACUUUUGCAGAUAUAUAUUUUUCAGAUAUAUACAGCAGAUUUAUCUGCUAUAUAUCAGUUGGAAUAUGGGCAAAUUACACAAAUGUUCAAUAUUGAUGCACCUUCUCAUCACUGCAUGGGUACAUUUAAAAACAGCGUUUCAUUUUUCAACCGUUAAAUGCUGUUUUUCUUGUUUUUACAUCUGUUCCUGACAAAAAUAUACUGUAACACAAUUUUUCAAUGAUGCCAAUUCAGUUAGGACUAAGCUAGGCUUGUAUCCUGUUUUUUUUGAGUGUUACAGAUGGAUCAUUUUAUUUGUUGUGACUAUGCAGUAAAAAUAUUCAUUUGAAAGACCUGGCCUAUUUCAGUUUUGUGUGUUACUGAUGGUUUUUAAUGAGGCAAACGUGAUUCAAUGCAAAGUAUUACAGUGAGAGCAAAACAUUUCUUAUCCGAUUACUCGAUUAAUCGACAGAUUAAUCGAUAGAGUACUCGAUUACUAAAAUAAUCGAUAGCUGCAGCCCUACUAGCCACCAAACAUCUUUUUAACUUUGCCUGAUUUCUUUAGCAAAGAGACUAAACACAACUCACCUACUCUCUUCCAGCAGCCACUUGUUUGUAGCGAGACCUCGGACGAGUCCAAACUGACUACAGCGGGGUGACGCAGCUCAAAGAAAAACAUUCAUGAUAAUUUCUUUAUCUUUUCCUUCAAGUAAUUAUCACCAUAUUAAACAUUUUGCACUGCAGACACAGUAGUACUUCUGCCUUAGCGUCUCAGUCUGAUUGCAUUUCCAUGAAGAAAUGAUCAUAAAUAUUCCUCCUUGAGCUGCGUCACCCCGUUGCAGUUGGUGAUGGACAAGUUCAAGCUCUCCCUACAAACAAGCGGCUGCUGGAAGAGAGUGGGUAACGUACUGACAAAGGAAAAGAAGCAUAACUCUUACCCUCUCUUCCUUCAUUAAAGCUGGUAGCGCAGAUUAAGACCCUGGAGCAGGCGAUUUCUCAGCAGAGUGGAGAAAGAGAGGAGCUAAUGGGGCAGAUCGACAGAAUCAAAGAAGACCACACCUCAGCCAAUCAGAACACAGAAUCCAUGGUGGGAAAGAUACAGGUACGAAAGGGUUUCUCAAAAGGGUCUGUUUCUUUGAACACGCAUGCUCUAAACUGUGAAAACACCAGACAAACUUUAGUCUUUCAAAAAGCAUUCAGCAAACUUUGACUGUAAAAACGGAAAAUUCCACCUUUGAUUGAAAAUGUUACAGACCUUGUGAUCCUGUCAUAAAGCAUUCAUGAGGGACAUUAAGUUUUUGACUCUCCUCCUCUUUCAUUCAUCCUCAAGGCUUUAGAGGGAGAAGUGUGUCUCCUUUCACAGUCUCUGGAGUCCUCUCUGCUUGAAAAGGGAGAGAUUGCCUCCCGUCUGAACUCCACCCAGGACGAGGUCCGGCAAAUGAGGACCGGUAUUGAAAAGCUUCAGGUUCGCAUUGAGUCGGACGAGAGGAAGAAAAAGAAGAUGGGGGAGCUGCUCAAAGGUGACUCUUUGACAGCCUCUAAAAUGGCAUAACCUCUCCGUGUUUGAGAGUUCUACCUUCUUGAUGUUUGAUAGUUGAUGUGGGCUUAAAUGUGACUCUUUCACCUUUUGUAGCCGCACAGAGGAAGUCUGACUCACUGCAGGAUCGUAUUGAUGCCCUGGAGCGAGAGAAGGAAGACGCAGAGCUCAGUCUGGAGGAUGCUUUGCUUCAGGUUUAGAUGCAUGGAUAUUACUUUUUCACAUCAGCGAAACUGUUUUGCAAAGGUCAACAUCUCUCACAUUGUAUUAAAAAAAUCUGAUGUGCUCUUGCAGGCUGAAUCAGCUAAAGCUCAGCUGGAGGAAGAAAGAACAAUGGUAUGUUCGCCUCUUUGGCCUUUUCGUGCGUGUCUAAUCAUUUUAACUUAAUGGCUUCGUAGAAAACCUUCACUGCUGUUCAUCCUAGCGAUACAUUAACCUGCUUUCUUUUAUCCCUCCUCCUCUUAUUCGUGGUUUCUUCCUCCUCUUCUUGCUCACAACCUCCUGACUCUCAGGUGGAGGAGCAGAAGAGAGACCUCGCUGGAAAGCUGCUGGAGCUCUCUGCCACGUUGGACAGCCUCAGAUCUGAGAAAGAGCGCAUGGAGAGAGAGCUUGAAAUGAAAAACAAAGAGACAGACGAACUAAAAGCUGCAAAGGAGGAGCUGGAGAGAGGGCUGGAAAAGGCAGCGGUGGACAGAAGAGAAGAGGAGGAAAAACAGAGAAACAAGGUGGAAGAGGUGGAGAAAGGAAUGAGGGAGGAAACGGAGAGGAAGACUCAACAGGUGCAUGACCUCCUGGCACAACUGGAGGCCUCUCAGCAAAGAGAGAUCUCUCUUGAACAGAACAGAGUGGAAACUGAAGGAGAAAAAGAGAGGAUCCAGGCUCUUCUGCUGGAGAUGGAGAAAGAGAAAUCAUGUUUGAAGUCUUCCCUGGAGGAGUGGCAGAGGAAAGGAGAGAGGUUGCUUUCUCAGGAAGAGGGGUGGGAGAAAGAGAAGAACAGCCUGAGGAGCUGUUUAGAGGCUCUGGAGGGAGAAAUUCAGGAGCUUAAAUCAGUCCUAAAGACGAGAGAGGAGGAAAAAGAAGUGUUAGAAAAGGAGAGAGAGAAGGAGGCAGAGCAGAGAGAUACUUCUGUGAAAGAACAGAUAGAAGAAAGAAUCCGUCAGCUAGCGGAGGAAAAAGAGAAACUGCUCUCAACCCUGAUCUCAGUGGAACAAGAAAGAGAUAACCUGCACUCUGCCGUGGCAGCAGCAGAGGAUGAGAAGAAAAGACUGGAGCAAGAGCGGGAGGUCUUAACUGAGGAGAAAGAGAGGCUUCAAUCCUGCCUCUCCACAGCAGAAAAGGAGAAACUUGACAUGCAACAAACCGUCUCUAGUUUAAAGCAGGAGAAAGAGACAACGGAGGAGGACAAACAGAAACUGGAGGCAGAAAGGGAAGAAUUGCAGUCUUCUCUUUCUUUGAUUGAAGCAGAGCGACAGCAGCUGUCUUCAUCUCUUUCUUCAGCCAAAGAGGAGCAGCAAAGAGCUGAGGAGGAGAAGAGGAAACUCUCAGAAGAACAAGAGCAACUUCAGUCCACAAUCAGUUCUUUGGAGAAGGAGCUGGAAACACACAAGCUGUCGGUGUCACAGCUCAGUGAGCAGGUACAAACAAAUUUAGUGACUUUCAAUCUAAUGAAGACUUCAAAAAAGACCCAAGACUUAACUUCCAUCAUGUCUGUUUGGGAGACAGAGUAGUUUUGCAUGAUUUUCAGUUAAAAAAACAACAACAACAAAAACUUGUUUAUCUAAUAUAAACAGUAAAAACCUUUAUUUCAGCCUCUGUCUGAUUAACUUAGUUUUGUUUGCUUUUCCACUGAUAUAAAAUCAGACACAGUUUUUGGAUGUUAUUUUUUUUAGCUUUGUAGUUACUAAACAACCCCAGAGCCUUUUUAGAAAUCAUCUGAGACUAGCUGUUAGCUCCUCAUUUUAACUAUUAGCAGUGUGCUGUUGCUGUUUCCCCAGCUGUUCUAAUGUUUCUUGUGGUUAUGAGCCUUCAUGGCUGUCUUAAUAGAUGAACAGCCCCAGGUUUCAGUAACAGUUGAGACUAAAAUCCAGCUCAGAUUGGCCUUUGUCUACCGAGGAGGAGUCAUCAGUGAAUUAGCGAGCACCAACAGCUCCAUCCCAAAACAUCAAAAUAUUCCUGGUGCUUUCGUCUUUAAGAGAAGAAAAUAUCUUAGAAACUUUGAAGUCUUUAAAGACACUGACAUACAAGCAACUUGGAUUUGUCCUUUAGCAUUGUCCUGAUGUGAUGUUGUGGCCAUGUCUCGAAACCAUUCGGUCAGGCAGCUUGAAAAAAACAAAUGAGGAUUAUGCCGCCGUCCGUGUAUUUUGUUAUGAAACAUAUGUAUUUAUAACGGCACAGAUCAGUUUAAUUUAGCUAUAUUAGAGUUAAUCUGUCACGUACAAACAUACUUUAAAAAAAAUAAAUAAUGAUUUCAAACUACUCAUUCCGUGUGGAAAAAUACAGAUUUUUAGAUCGUUGAUCUUUCUUUCCCCUCAUGACUUUAUCUCGCUCUCUGUCCUCUCCGCAGACAUCAGAACUCACAUCACGUGUUGCUCGUCUGACUAAAGAGAGAGACUCAGCCCUGAGCAAGAUGAACCUUUGGAUGAAGACCUGCAAACAGCUGCAGCAGGAGAAGGAAGAGAUGAUAGGAAUCUCAGGUAUGAAAAAAACACAUCUCUGCAAAUGUUACAAUGCCGAUAAAGUCAUUUGAGUUAGUCAGUAUUUUAGAUAAAAGGGGGAAGCCAACACUGUGAGGGGCCAGAGAUCAUUUUGUUUUUGUUUUUGUUGGAUUUAUCUGUGUUGCCUCCGAUUAUUUGAAAAUGCAGCAUGUUUUAAAGACUGAGGAGACACACAUGUUUACUUUGCCUGUUGUUUGACAUUUAAAGGGAAAUGUUCUUGUCAACCUUUAUCACAAAUACUGACAUGAUCUACAUUGUGCUUUAAAAACAUUUCAUCAAGUAUGCAGCAAAAUAAUUUUGUCAACAUUCAUUUUUUAGAUGACUGUAAGAGCAGUCAAGAUGUGCACUCUGAGGUGAACAAGCUGAAGAUGGAGGCAGAAGAAAACAAGAAGGAGCUGGAGGAAUUCAAGGUCGUCCUCGGAGAAAAGGUGAAGGAAAUAGAGGAGAAGAACAGAGAGCUGGAGGAGAUGAAGAGCGAGCUGGAUGAAUUGAACACACUCGUGGAGGAGAAGAGCAGGGAGGCAGAUGAGAGUGUGGACAAAUACUGCAACCUGAUGAUUCAAGUCCACAAACUGGAAGAGUCCAAUGAUGCACUGACAACACGGCUGGAGCAGCUCACUGCUGGCAAACAUGCAAACGAAGCGAGCGCCAACUCCAGCAGCACUGACGGUACUCGCCGCAGACGCUCGGCGAGAAAGUCUGCCUCUAAACCUCAGGAAGAAAAACUGGAAGACAACACAGAGAACGUGGCUCCAACAACUCCUCAGAGGUCUCCUCAGGGGGCGGGGAAACGAGGUCACCAUGACGUCAGCAAUAAAGACAGCGCACAAGAGGCUCUGCACAACCUGACCAAGAAGAUCAAAGCCAACGCAGUGACAACACCGAAACCCAAACCCGGGACUGAGCAGGAGGAUGAGGAAUUCAGACCGGAGGGACUUCCUGAGCUGGUGCAGAGAGGUACGCACACCUGAAGUCUGUUUUUGUGUGGACAGAAUCUAGUGUGAGUUCUAGGUGGGAAAAAAGAGUUAAGCUUGUAACUUACGAACCCAAGUUUUUGUUGAUCCAUUUUAACAAACACCGAUAAACCCAAAGAUUUCAUCAUAUGUAAAAUUCCUGGCUGAAAUGAUAGUUUGCAGAGCAACUUGCUACAUUUUCUUCAUAUGGAUUAUGCUUUAUUGUGGUCUUUGCUGUGCUCCCUCAGGGUUCGCUGAUAUUCCUCUGGGAGAGGCAAGUCCUUUCAUCAUGAGGAGGACCACUGUGAGGCGCUGCAGUCCUCGACUGGCAGCCAAACAGCCUGGUUCGACGUCUGCACCUGACGGCAAGGUGAGCAGCUGCAUCUAUCUUUUUCUCUGUCAUCCACACAAAAACAUAGGCUCGUGCAUCGCUGCAUUAGUUACCUCUGGAUUUCCCAAGUAAAGAUGAGCUCUUCAAAACUGUGAGAUCUGUCCCUGUAACUCUGAGCAAUAAAGUCUGAUUUCAAGUGUGUGACAAUAAAGGAGAACAGAGGGGAAAAGAUGCCAAUGUAAGCAGCCAGUGGAGUGCGUGUGUUAGUGUGUGCGUGUGUGUGUUCCUGGCUGUCAAGUAAAAAAGAAAAAAACAAGCUCCUCAGCUAUUUCCCUUUGUCCAGUCUUUUCUUCUCAGUCGGUCUACUGUUUCUUUUGUUUGUCUGAUAGGACUUUCACAGCUGCUUGUUUUUAAGAAAUCUGACCCCUUACAGACACAGCAAGGGGUAAAAAUUAAAGCUGGCUUUCAUAUUUCCCCAAGCUUUUAUGUACAACAUACAAAAGGAUGAAACAGAGAUGUGAUGUUCUCUGCAUUUACAGAGAACUGCUCCAAAAAGAUGAAUCAACAGCAGAGAUAUUAUCUCCCUUUCAGGAGCGUCCAGACCUGAUUGUCUCUAACACAGCUUAUAUUAUACACAGGCAUAGUCAUGGCGAGGUCACCCGUUGGUUUCUGAAAAGGAGUUAUGAGGUUCAUUAUUAGUAGUUCAUGAGGCCAAUAACUGAUAUUCAGGACCUGUAUGUAUUAACUGUAAGAGUCACAGUCUUCCUGUCAAAGUGUAGAAUUUGGAAAAUAAACAGCAACUCAGAACUUGGUUUAAACACAUUCAGCAAAUGUUUGAUUAAAACUUGAACAUCACACACAGGAGUUCAUUAAUCUCAGUGAGGUUACUCUUUAGUUUCUGAAGUUACUACAGUUUAUACAGUGUGCACUGCAAAGGAUCAAGCUGCUCAGACCAAAACUGAUUUGAACCACGCUGUCAACACAUUUAGUUCAUUUUUAAAGGAAGGUUGAAGAUCUACCUUUUUAAUCAGGCUUUUAACUAGUAUUUUAAAUUCUUCUUAUGUUCUUAUGUGGUUUCUAUUUUAUUAUUUUUAUUGUUGUUAUUAUUUAUUAUUAAUUGGUUCUAUUUUAUUUGUUAUCUUAUGUAUUUUUAUCUUUUUAAACUGUUCACUCUUUUUACUUAUUUUUUCAGGUUUUUUUGAGCCUAUCUUGUGCUUUUAGUGUUAGUUUUAACUCUAUAAAUAAAGUUUUUGAUUUGAUUAGUUUAGCUGUGAAGAUGGCCUUUUUAAAUGAGUGUGUGUAGUUUCCAGAGACUUUGCAGACAACCUACAGUGGGAACUUGAGGAGUUUUUUGCACCUCUGUAUUUGCUCCAGUUCUUAAGACCUGAGGUUGCCACUUAUUUCCAGCAAACUUUCUGCAAAUCUAAAAAAAGGCGAAGACAUGGACCAUGAGGAUUUUAAGAACAGAAUGAUUGAUUUCACAUCUUUAACCAGUUAAUUUCUAACUUAACUUUUCUGUACUCAAAAUGACAUGUCCCCAUAAGGAUAGAUCUUUUCUUUUAGGUAGUAUGUUGUUUUCUGAAUGAGCGGUAAAAGAGAAUCAAAGAGUGAACUAGGUCAAGGUGCAAGAGCUCAGUUGGGAUGAUGCUGGGCCCCUGACUUGUCAACAGGACAUCAGACCCCUGUCACCUCUUACUUAGUCCAGGUCAGCUGAAGUGAACCGCAGGUUUCAGGUCAGAGAGGUCAAGGGGAAAGAAUGUCUCACAGUCAGCUGUUUAUUCACACUCAACUGGCGCUGCAAGAUGAAGCUUAUUUCUUUAACUCCCGAACUGUGUACUGCUUACUUUGUCCUGUUUUUCUCUUUUUGACCUAUUAUUCAUCUUGUUCUCUCUGCAGGUUUUGGAGCCAAUCCCUUUCCCGAGUCCAUCUGCAGACAGCUCCAACAGGAAGUGUCUGUCCCCCAGUGGAGAGGACAAAACGACCCACCGUCUUCUGAUGACGGAACAGAAAGAGAAGCAGCAGUCACAAGGAGACAACUGUCACGUUCAGUAGAUCAUGUACAACCACAAAAACACACUUUCACUUUUGCACUUGUGAUUUAUUUGUAGAAACACCCAUGAACACUCGACAGUCCACCUCUGAAAAAAGACACAUUUUAUCUUUAUCUUUAUCUCACAUUUAAAACUUUCUCCAUAGGAUGCACUUUUCCUUUCUUUCCUCUUUGUGUUUGUAUGUUUGUCUCUUGUUUUUAUUUCCUUAAAAGUCUCUUUCCUCCAGGACUGCAAAAGACAAAACUACUCUAAACAUUUUAUUCUUUGGCUUCUUGCAUCAAAAAACAAAUCACUCACAGAAGUAAGAAGCUGAGGCAGGGAACUGGCUUACUUUGUCAAAGUCACAUUUUUUUCCGAGCUUUAUUUUUUACUGAGGACUCGUGAUUCUACCUUAUUUCUCCUUUUCUGUUGCUCUGUUCCUGAUGUCAAAAACUUUGUACAUACUAGAUUGAAUAUACAGCUUUUUUUCUCCAUCCGUUUGCUCUGUAACAUAUCACCUAUUUGCUCAAGGCAGCUAAGACUUUUGUAGACUUUUAUCUGAAACUUUUUUCUUUGUUAUUUCAUUUAAAGAAAACAAGCAUGAUGACAAAGCUUUUUAGUUUGUUUUUUUCCCCUCUCACUAAACUUAUCAACAAACGCUGAAGCAGGUUUGCAUUUUAUUGUUUGUUUUUUAUGUAGCUCCAUGUGAUCAUCAUUGUAAAUAUUUUUGAUAACACCCCUUAAGUUCAUAAUUUCUGUUUUUACUUCAUUUUUUACUAAACAUUUCUAACCGUGUCGUAA